CAACUGCAUAGAAGCAAACCUGCGGGUCCUCGCGCGGAGCUAAGGUGGUGUCAAGACUCGGAUGUUUGCUGAACAUGACAGCUUUCACUUUGGCAGCAGAAUAAUAAGUUUGUACAACUGAAAGCAGUUCUAUCGGUCGGAGUAAAAAUGCAGCCUUACCAUCGCGGUCCGUUAUAAAGAUGUGAGUGAUUGAAACCCCGGUGAUUAUUAAACAUGUCCGGUGGAAAGCUCUUCGGUAAGGUUCGGUCCGCCUUCAGGAGGGAUCGCAGCGGCUGGGACCUGAACGACACCGCUCCGUUUGACUUUUCUGAUGACCUGGUGGAAGAUGACGAGGGACCCAAAUUUAACAAACUGAAGGUGGUCGUCUCCGGAGAGAUGUCCGAUUACUCUGCCGGGGCUCCGUCCAACGGGGUGGCGGUGAGCACCGUGGUGGUCCCUCCAGAUGUAGGCGGUCAGGAUGAUGAUGACUCCCUGUUGGACUCCUCCAGCCUGGGCAGCCCGGGUUUGAACAUGGACCCCUGUGAUAACUGUACGAAGAAGAGGGAGAGGAUCAAACACAGGAGGGUGAUGAAGAGGCUGAUCAUUGCAGCUGUGUUGUAUUUCCUGUUCAUGACAGGGGAAAUUAUAGGGGGUUAUGUUUCUAACAGUCUAGCCAUAAUGACUGAUGCUGUGCACAUGCUAGCAGAUGUGGUUGGUAUCUUGUUUUCUCUGCUUGCCUUGUGGCUUUCCACCAAACCGCCCACCAAGAGAUUCACCUUCGGACUGCAUCGCCUAGAGGUGGUGUCAGCAGUCCUCAGUGUGGUGCUCAUCUACAUCCUGACGGGUAUACUGCUUUACGAAGCCGUCCAGAGGACUGUACAUCAGGACUUCAAUAUAGACGGGGACGUCAUGCUCAUCACUGCAGCUGUAGGGGUGGCUGUUAAUGUUAUAAUGGGAUUUUUGCUGAACCAAGGCGGUCACCUCCACUCACAUGGUCACGGUCACUCCCAUGGCCCGGCAGCUCCCUCAGGUCCACAGGCUGGGUCGGGUCAGCAGAGGCCUCACGGGAGCCUGGCCGUAAGGGCAGCCUUCAUCCAUGCUUUAGGGGAUCUCCUCCAGAGCGUCGGGGUUCUCAUAGCUGCUUACAUAGUCCGGUUCAAGCCGGAGCUAAAGUUGGCAGAUCCCAUCUGCACUUACAUUUUCUCAGUUCUGGUGCUCUUCACCACUGUCCGCAUCAUUCGAGACACAAUAAUCAUUGUACUUGAAGGUGUUCCCAGACACUUGGACACUCAGAGAAUCAAGGAGGACCUCCUUAAGAUGGAGGAUGUCCAAUCUGUCGAUGAGCUGAAUGUCUGGGCGCUGACGGCUGACAAGACUGCAGCUCUGCUGCAUCUGCAGCUCACUCCCUCUAGUGCCAACAACUGGGAAGACGUCCAGGCCAAGGCCCGCCACCUGCUGCUUCACACGUACGGCCUCACCAGAUGCACGGUGCAGGUCCAGACUCACAGACAGAGGACAGUACGUAGCUGCGCACAGUGUCAACAGCCCAGUGUCUGAGAAUCCUCCUCACGCCGACACAGGCUGUUCAUUCCAGUGGAGGCAGAGAUGAGCAGAUACGCAGGGGCCUGGAUGCCUCGGUUGCAGCAGUAAGAGCUGGAGAGUACAGACGUAGGUGGAAACCAAGGGCGGUGCCAAAUCUGUCAUUGAAACAACAACAGAUGCACGUUUCUAAUUAAAGGAGAGCUGCAGCCCCUGGGGACUUGAUGCCCUUGUGCUUGCAUAGCUCUUAUUGGGUGGAAUUUGACCUUCAAUGCUGAAAAAAAAAAAUCUGAAAACUUGAUCUUAAUUCACCAUUAAAGCCUACCGCAACAGAUGACUUUCUUUGCAGUAAAGGGUUUUGUUUUAUUUCAACUGAUGAGAUACGGAAGUGUUAUUCAGUGUGUUGAAGCUGGAUACUGUGAUUUCAAUAAUAAAAAGAGAUCAGCACUUUAGAUUUGAUUUUGUAACUGGGCACAGUGCACGUAAGCUUAACUUAUCAUGAGCACAAAGAGUACCAGCCUUACAUUUGUUUAAUUUAGCCUUUUUUUUAUUUAACAUUACACCUGGUAUGUGUUCACUCAAAGUCUGUUACCAGGCAGAUCUGAUUUGUUUCUGUAAAGAAAACCAAUCAUCCUUAAAACAAUGAUGGUGGCUCCAACACUUGUAUAACUUGAUAUUUUAGUGAUUGUACUGCUACAAGAAAAUAAAGUGCUAAAUAUCAAUAAAACCGAUAUUAUUAACAGACAGUAUAAAGAUGAGUCUAAAGCUCUGAAUUUAAAGGUUUUGAUUUUUCAGAGUUGAUGUUGGCCAGUUACGGUGUUUUCUGGAUAAAUGAGGAGAAUGAUCUCUGAAAGUAUAAAAUGACUGCACCAGUGUUUUGUUUU